AUGGAACCGCCGGCAAAGCGCAUGCGCAUACUGCAAUCAGUCGAGGUCGACGAAGACAAUGCCGAGUACAUCAAGGCCAAGCAGAAACAACAGCAGAAGCUCAAAAGCCGAUUUGAGUCUAUAUUCGAGAAAUUUGGAAACAUGAAUCCAUCCCAAAGCGACGAAAUCGACUUCAACACAAACAGCGUGGUUGUGGAUAGAGGCCAUCUGCGGAGACUGAAGCGUCGAGCCAAUGGCAAAGAAAAGACGUUACUGGAAUCUAUCGUCAUGGGAAAUGAAAGCCAGUCGGAGGACGAUGGAGAUGAUGACGAGGAAUUGGGAGAAGGGGAAGAUUCGGAGGACGAACUGGCACCCCCGCAGACGGUCAAGCCAAAGGCUGCUGGACCGCCUGAGCAAGACAUAAACAAACAACAGACAGCAGCCACCGAGGCCAAUGCGCUACAGCCUGCAAUACCUCAACCAGCCUUCACAGCAACGUCCAUGCCGCAAUUCGGCAUUCCGCAAACGCCCAAUCCUUCGAACCCCACCGCAGACCUUCUACAACAUCUUCAGUUUCCACAAACACCUGCGGGGCAGCAAGCACAAAACGCUUUUCACGCCAGUCUACUGCAGACGAUUCAUCAAGCUGUCAACCAAGCCGUAGCCGGUCUUGUACUGCCAAACGCUUCAACACCCUUCGCAAACGCCGCUCCUCCACCUAUUACUCCGAUAACUACAGAUGACAAGGUAGCGCCUGCGACGGACCCGAAAUGGUUCUUUCCACCUCUGUCUGCACAACCACGCCGAGUUCCAGUCGCCCAAUCGAGCCCUCUCCCAAGCUAUACGACAGCACCGAUAGCGAAAGAGACAGGUCCACAACACUCACACACUACCUCAAGGGAUGUCGCUGAUGGAAUACCCUGUGCCUCGAUUCGUACAAGACCGGAUGAAAGCUCACCAACGAGACCUCGUCGAACCAGUCCACGUGUUGAAAUCCAGAGGCGCAUCCCCAGGACUGCAAGGAGAUAUCACUUCACUCACGAAGAUGAUGUGUACAUAAGCAAGCGCAAGAAAAUAGACGGAGUUUCGUGGACGGUUAUCAAAGAAGGUCAACAAAAGUGGAAGGAGUGGCCAAUAAGCGCACUUCACAAUCGCUGGAAUGUAAUCAAGAACCAAAAUCUUCACCUGCAAGAGCCUGCUAAAGCUCCUACGGGUGGUCGCGUUGUUGAGGAGAGUCAGAUCUCCAAGGAACACGAUCCCGUUGUAUCAAAGCCGCCGCACCAUCUGCCGACACCAAGUUCAUCCGAGCAUGAAGAUUAUCAUCAGAGCCUUGUCCGGUCGACAGAAGAUGGGGUUCAGAAUCUGCGUUCGUCGAGCACGCAUUAUGAUGACGAUGACCGCGAUCUGCUAUCCCUUGCUGGCAAUGAUUCUGAUGAAGAUCAACUCCCGAUAAACCACGACGACGACAACGAUACACUUUUAGACACAUCAGGAGAUGUGAUACUGCCGUCCAUCGAGACGAGAGAUUUGAUCGAUGAAGAUACACUACAAAGCGACUUGCUUGCAGACUUGCCAACGCAAGACGAUAUCGCAACACCAGUCCGGGAAUCUUCUUGCAUAGCAAUAAAAGCCGAGCCAGCCUUCUCUUCGCCAACCACACUUCGAACACGGAAGCAUGCAACGCCACUCGCCGAAGUAAUACCCGAUUCGCAACAGACCGAAGAUGACUUGCAGACUGACCUUGUCCUGCCAUCCCCUCACAACAUCGAAAACAAAUCCUCGGGAAUUGCUAAGCCCGAUGCAGUCCAACAAUCAAAGGAGCAAAACACGCAUGCCAGCUCCCACCGAAGAAGCUCAUCCCUCGACCUCAUCGGCACCACUACCGAAGACGAACUCCUCCCCUCACCACCCAACCCAACAACUCCAUCCUUGAACCGUUCCCACGAACCAGCCAGCCCGCGAACCGCUUUCCUCUCUACCACCUACCAAACACCCAAAGUCCGCAAUACCGACGGCAGUAGCGACAAAGGCAGCAAAUCCACAUCGAAGGCCGACCGAAAGGCAUUCCACAAACGGAUCAAGAGGGAGUGGACGAGGAAAGGUACGCCGGCGAAGGAGAGUGCGGCAAAGAGAAAGAGUCUAGGGGGGUUGGAAGUGAGGAAACGGAGAUGGGUGGAUGUUGAUGGGGAGGGGAGUGAGGAUGAACUCGCUAAGUUUUGA